GUUGCUCUGACUCAGUCAGUCCCGAGCUCCAGAACCUGACAGGACUGCGAUCUCGCCCUUCUUUUUCUUGCUGCUAUGGAUAAUGCCUGCGAGUCGCCCCCGGAAAAAGGUGGAGAGACGGGGGAGUCAGAAGAAACGGCUGCUGCUCCCGGGGGCCCGGGGGCUACCGACACAGACGGAAUCCCAGAAGAAACUGAUGGGGACGGAGAUGCGGAUUUGAAAGAAGCUGCGGCGGAGGAAGGCGAGCUCAAGAGUCAGGAUAUCUCAGAUUUAACAGCAGUUGAAAGGGAAGACUCAUCUUUACUUACUCCUGCAGCCAAAAAAAUGAAAAUAGAUACCAAAGAAAAGAAAGAGAAGAAGCAAAAAGUGGAUGAAGAUGAGAUUCAAAAGAUGCAAAUCCUGGUUUCUUCUUUUUCUGAGGAGCAACUGAACCGUUAUGAGAUGUACCGCCGGUCAGCGUUCCCUAAGGCAGCCAUUAAAAGGCUGAUCCAGUCCAUCACUGGCACCUCUGUGUCUCAGAAUGUUGUUAUUGCUAUGUCUGGCAUUUCCAAGGUUUUCGUCGGGGAGGUGGUAGAAGAAGCACUGGAUGUGUGUGAGAAGUGGGGAGAGAUGCCACCACUACAACCCAAACAUAUGAGGGAGGCUGUUCGGAGGUUAAAGUCGAAGGGGCAGAUCCCCAACUCAAAGCACAAAAAAAUCAUCUUCUUCUAGACUGAAGCCUAGAAAGGCCUGGUACUGAAGGAAGGAGUACCGGUUCCAGACUUCCUACUGCAUGAGACUUUUGCACAGGUGCUUUAGUCCUCUAAGGAUUCCAUGAUGAUUUUAAUGUCUUUCUCAGAACUCUGAUAUUCAUCACAUCUAAAAGGCAUGCAGCCUGUUUCAUACUUGCCUUGACUAAAUAUUGGCACCUCUUUGGACAUUCUGAGGCAUUUAACUAUUUCUUGGCUAGUUAGAAGAAGAAAGGUACAUGGGCCUUAAGCGUCUUCCAGACAGAGAAGCUGCUUUCAGAAAGUCUUUCCAAGAAAGCUUUGAUGGUUUCACAUUGAAGCAUGAAGUUGCUAUGAUUUAGGUUGUUUCUUCUGUCUGGUUUUAAGUAGAUGAAACAACCAGAAACUUUGACUUGUGAUACUCUACCAUGAAGAACACAGUGAUGGGAGGAGUAGUGGAAAAGUUUAUCCCUGUACACAUAUAAAGUUCCCUAUGGAUCUUGGUGAGUGAUCAUUAAACUGUUUUCCAACUUGC